AGAGGCGAGUGGCAUCUAGGCCAGGCACGUGGCACUGCGAAUGCGCGACUCAAUUCUGCUAAUCGAAAGCUAAGGAAAGGAAGAGGGAGAGUGUGCGGAAUGCAGGAUGCGCGUCUGCGACGCGAGGAAGGCAAGUGGGCGCACAGGCCACCCACCCGAUGACUAAAAGACAAAGCGACCGAGCGUCUCGAAAAACAGCUCCAGAAGCUGUUGAAGGAUGCAUGCCUCCAGCCCAUGGAGCAACUCGUGCCGACUCCCGUUCCGGACAACCAGACACUGCAUGGAUAUCUUUAUCCCCAGAUCUAUACCCUGCAGGUUCUUACCGACUUUGAGACAAGCCGUCUGGUAUGCCGCCCGCUGGAAGGCCAUCCUGCAAUCCCUGAGCGCCAUCCGCCUGUUUCUGAGCACGAGCUAUGCGCAAUGGGGCUUGACCUGGCCACUACCGAUGUUCCCGUCGUUGAGGCGUCGCAAGUCAUCUUCGUCCGCCGUCUACAGCGUCUUGUCUGGAAAGUAACUGUGGACGGGGAAGCGAUGAUUUGCAAAACCUCGAGUGAUGUGUUCCGUCAUGCGGUCAGAGACGAGCUUCAGACGUAUCUCAAGAUUCGGCCUGCUAGGGCCGAGUUGAAGGUCCCCGAGCUGAAAGGAAUUGUGGUAUCCCACCGGGGAGUGAUCGGCGUUCUUCUUGGAUACAUCCCACACCACAACUAGAGUUUGGCCGCGGUAUUGGACAGAGUCGCCACAGGUU